GUUUGUGCACAGUUCUACUCGAAUCCGAAUUUUCUGCACUACACAACUUUUGACUUGUAUUCGUUAAAAAAGAAGUCGUGGAGGGUGAUUCCAAAUCCUACUUUGCCCAAAUAUCUUAAUGCUAAAGUUACAUGUAUUAGAGAUAAAUGUUAUUGGUUUAAUCGGGGUUUUACAGGAGUUGAAUGUUUCGAUUGUAGUGAGGAAAGCUUCUCUCACUUGGCUUUACCACCAAAGUCUAAAGGCUUUCUGUAUGAGCUUGUCAAAUUUAGUGAUAAAGAUAUGUUAGGUUUUAUUCGCUAUCGGAAACGAGGAGUUAGUAGUAAAAGCAGUCAUCAUGAUCGGUAUUUUGGGAUUGCACCCGGUUAUUAUUAUGAGCUUUGGGUGUGGAAGGAAGAGUUGCAGGCCUGGAAUAUGAAUUUUAAAGUCUCUCUUGGUGGUGGUGUUGGUUCACCACAGAGGACAAUAUACGAUCAGUUCUCGUUUCUUUCUGGAUGGGCUGGCACACGGUAUGAGGAGUUUGAUGGGAGACAACAUCGUCUAGUAGCUUACAAUUGGAUUAAGAAAGAGUGCAAGGAACUCGGUAUUUAUAAUGGUCGCUAUUUAAUUCAUGUUCAUUGUUAUGUUGAGAGCAACAUUGCGCUGCCUGAUGGAGUGCCAAUCUCUGAAUCCCAUACUCUUUGUCAUAUUUAUUUAGAUGAGGACGAUGAGGACGGCUAUGACCCUGACCUUAGGGAGGAAGACAUUGUUGAAGUUGAUCAACGUUACGUUGAAGCCUGCAAGGAAGAUUUUCUUGAUUAUGCUGAUGCUGACAAAGGAUUCCGUAUUGUUGAGAAUAUAGAGUUGGAGGAUGAGGAGGAGGAGGUUCUAAACAAGGUUGUCACUCCUGACUCGAGGGGGGGCGUCACGAAGAACAUUGGAUUUAGCGCGCAAUCCACUAGCACCUCGCAGGUUUCUCAUUCACCUGCUCUUGAGGCUGAGGUUGCCAGAUUAACUGACGAGUUAGAGCAAAGGAAACGAAAAGAAGAGGAUAUGACCCGUAAGAUGGAGGAGAUGCAGAUGCAGAUAGCGCAGCUCAUGCAGAUAAAUCGACCUUGAUGCCUCCUCAAUCUCACCAUAACCUCUUAUUAGCUCGUUUUAUUUCGACACUACUAGAUAUAUACUUUUAUUAUGAAUUUUUAAACUUGUGGAUAUAUU